UACAGUGUAUGUGUAAGGCCACUGACGAUGUUUGUCCAACCCUCCCCUCUGUAUUUCUAUAGAGCGUCCCGGAGGUGUGUGAGGAGGAAGGGGGGGGGAGACUGAAAUCUGUGUGGAAUAAAUGAAUGAAUGUGAUGUUUGAAAAGCAACGGAAGUUACCAGACCCACCCUGCCGCCCCUCUGGCCUUUUUAUGUCUUAGUAAAAGGGAUUCAUGUGAAAAUGACAUUGCUUGAAAUGCUUUCAUCGACCCAGCACCAUCCUAUCUAUAGAUUGAUAUAUGAAGUGUAAAAAAAACAAAAAAAAAAACUAUUAUGACAAUCCUCUUAUUCUUAUAGCUCUUAUUGUUGAAUUGUGUUACUUUCCCCCCCUAAUUAUUAAGAUCUAGGCUAUUCCAUCUCAGUCUUGAAUGGAGUCUGUAGCACUUUUUCGUCUGUUAUUUAUUUUAGCUUUGCUGUGGUUCAGUUCACCGCCACCCUUGACAUUUGUGUCACUGCUGCCCGGAUGUGUUAGCGAAGCAAGUGAAUAGUUUCCCAGCUGAGACUGAGAGACUAUCGGGGAGGGAGAGAGCAGAGGCAUUGAUGAUGUAUCAUUUUCUCAGCUUCUUUUUCGCCUGACGUCUGGAGCAAACGGCUAGUCUUGUGAACAUUAGUAGUCGCAUGCUUAUCAACAACCUCUCCAUUACUUUACUGGUAAUAUGAUUUUGUCCUAGUGGAAAUACAUUUGACUUCAAUAAACGUUUCAGAACAAUUUUAUCUUCGUGAGUCUUUUGUUCAUGACAAGUAUGCUGAAAUAAAUUCAGCCCAAUCUCAACCCCAAACAGGUGCUUAGAGGUGCUUUUCAAUACCUCACACAAUGUUCAGCAGCAGCAACACAAAUGGUAAAAAUUUUGGUUUUAAAUUUGGUUUAAUUAAAUCCUCUUGUUUUCACCAUAGCAUAGAUUUUAUAAUAUUACUUUGACAUUUGUAUUUUACCUUAUGACAUAAUUGAUGAACUCGAUCGUCACCAAGUGUCGCUUGAACCAUAUUGAAGGCUCAUCCUACAACUUGUGACCUUUAACCCCUUAACACAAACCUUAAUGUAUUUAUUUUGUAUUAUUAGUGAAUAGUUCACUCAAUAUAUGAAGAAUAUAUUGGCAGUGUAAAGUGGUGCGUUUUGGGGACUCGUGGCCUUUAUAUAUAAACAACCAUGAAGCAAAUUGGAGUUGCAGAGGGGGGGGGGCAUCGCUAUAAUCGGUACUGUUGAAGUCUCCUCCACAUUUUGCAGGUAGGACAUACCAUUCACGGUGUCAUGGAGGUCAUGUCGCACCUCUGGAUUGGCCAGAGGUUUUGACAUGUUGGUCUAAGAGCCCCUCAUACGUGGAGGCGGUUAGACCUCAGCAGGACCCUCUGAGACUGAGAGCAGGCACCGGACAGACCUUAUGCACAUAAGGAUGAAGUCUUUCCUCUGGAGCCUCUUGUCGCUGCUGCUGUCUGAUGUUCUGGCCACAUAUCACAUCAGUGCGGGGGAUCCUCAGCUGAUCGCCGCACAGAGCUACGCUCAAACCAGAAACAAUGGGCGACCUCCGUUCAGGACCCUGGAUCCAUCAAAGACAGACUCUCAGUGCAGGAGCCGCCCGCUGGACCUGGUCUUUAUCAUCGACAGCUCUCGCAGUGUGCGUCCUGGUGAGUUUGAGAAGGUGAAGAUAUUCCUGGCUGACAUGGUCGACACGCUGGACGUCGGCUCCGACGCCACCAGAGUGGCUGUGGUCAACUACGCCAGCACGGUCACGAUUGAGUUCCUCCUCAAAAGCCACUUCAACAAACCCGACAUGAAGAAAGCUAUCUCCCACAUUGAGCCCUUGGCGGCCGGCACCAUGACGGGCCUCGCCAUCAAGACCACAGUGAACGAAGCCUUCACCGAGCAGUCUGGAGCCCGGCCUCGCUCCAGGAAAAUCUCCAAGGUGGCCAUCAUUGUGACAGACGGGAGACCCCAAGACCAGGUGGAGGAGGUCUCUGCUGCUGCUCGGGCCUCAGGCAUCGAGAUCUACGCUGUCGGGGUCGACCGAGCUGACAUGCGCUCCCUGCAGCUGAUGGCCAGCAUCCCUCUGGAUGACCACGUCUUCUAUGUGGAGACCUACGGUGUUAUCGAGAAGCUCACCUCCAAGUUCAGGGAGACCCUGUGCGGUCUGGACCCCUGUGCUAUGGGACAUGACUGCGAACACAUAUGUGUCAACAGCAAUGCCUCGUAUUACUGCCACUGCCGGAUUGGUUAUAUCUUGAAUGCAGACAAGAAAACGUGUUCCCCGAAACGAGAAGAGGUGAAGGCGGUGGUGGUGGUGGAGGAUCCCUGUAAAUGUGAAGCCAGACUGGCUUUCCAGAAGCGGACGCAGGCUGCCAUCCAGCAGCUCACAGCCAAGCAUAUCCUUCCUGUUGAUUCAGAUCAAAGACUUUAU